CACACACACGUUGCGCUGAGGAGCCGUCAUGAGCUCCACUCUGCUGUACUUUAACUGAAUAUGGAUGAUUAGUGGACGUGUUCUCACAACACUUAGAGAUAUGAUGCAUGCAACCACUGUUGCACAGAGCAUCAUGACCAACAUGAACCAGAGUGUGUCGGCGUCCUGUGAAAUAUCCCAUGAGGCGGACCGCGUCCCUCUGAUGGUGCUCUACAUUGUGGUUUUUAUCAUUGGUCUGCCAGCCAACUUGGCCACCGUCUAUCUCACCCUCCACCAGGUGUGUCGUAAGAACGUUCUCGGCAUCUACCUGCUCAGCCUGUCCAUAUGCGACCUCACGUACCUCUUCACGCUGCCUAUGUGGACCGUUUAUGUAAGCCGAAACCAUGAGUGGCCAUGGUCCUCAUUGGCCUGCAAAAUAACAGGCUUUGUGUUCUUCAACAACAUGUACAUCAGCAUCUUCCUGCUCUGCUGCGUGUCCAUCGACCGAUACGUGGCGGUGGUCUACGCGAUAGAGUCUCGUGGUCUUCGCCAAAAACGUAUUGCGGCUUUUGUGUCGUUUUUAAUCUUCAUGGUGGUGGGCUUGGGUCACUCGCCUGUCUUCAUCAUGCGGGAAGGUCAAACAGAAGAAGGGAGUCACCGCUGUUUUGAGCCAAGCCAGAGUACAACGAUGGUUACGGGGUUUAACUAUGCCAGAGUUUGCAUUGGAUUUUGUAUCCCAUUGGCCAUCUUGAUCUUCACCAACAGGGCCAUUCUUUCCAACGUUCAGGCUAGUACGGGCCUCCAGCCCCAUCAGAAAGUCAAAGUGCGCUAUUUGGCUGUGGCGGUAGUGGCGUUGUUUUUGAUCUGUUUUGCCCCUUAUCACAUUAUCUUGCUAAUGCGUGCCAUCAUCUUCCACUUCCCCAAUCUUCAAGGCGAGUGUCACUUCGAACAGCACAUCUACACACCCUACAAAAUCUCAUUGGGACUGUCAACGUUCAACAGCGCCAUCAACCCUAUUCUCUACGUGCUCUCCAGCAACAACAUUCGUCAGGAGAUCAGACGAGGCAUAACGUCAGUGUGUGACAGAGUCCUCUCGAGUCAACGCUCGACACACAGCAGCCAGCACAACAUGCACAGCUCCAAAAGCAAUUCAGAGCCUUUCCCAAUCAAGGGCGAUCAGAUGAGGACGGUUUGUCCAACAGCAUGAUCAAAUUAUGGAGUUGGACUUUUGUAUUGUUUGCUUGGGGAGGACCAUCCUUGCAAUGUUCAGUCCAUUCAGUGUUGAGGAACUUUACUUUUGAACAAUCUUGCAUUACUUGUUACUAAGUGGUAAAGUGGUACUAGGAAAUGAUGCAUUACGUUACUUUUGCAUUCCUUUAUAAUCUGCGCUAGCUUGCUUGUUAAUAAUUUUUUAACAAUAUUUAAAAAAUGCAUACGUAAAGAAAAUUGAAAGCCCUUUUACACCAAAUAUUGAUUAAACUAAGGCUUAAGGAAAUAUACAUUCACAUCUGUACUGUUACAUGAAGAAGAGGGUGUGUGAAAGCAUUGAAUAUGACAUUGCAUUUCACUGUUUAUUCAUUUUAAUAGUACAGAAGAAUACUGAAUCAAGUGAGAUGAGUAAAAACAUGUUCACGUUUAAGAUUCACAUCAUUGUUCCACACAACACAUUCAACACAAUCUCACGGCAAUUCGUAACUUUUUGAUGUAGUGGCUAAUUGUAUGAAUUUGCUUGGUCUUAUUCGUACACUUUAUGAUUUGCUCAUCCGCCAAUGAUGAUUGGGUUUAGGGGUUGAGUGAUAUGCCUCCUUUUUAAAAUUGUACAUUUUUGUACGGCUGAAGUCAUACAAAUUAGCCACUAAACUGACAAAACGUAAAAUAGCUACGUUUAUUCGUGAGAUUAGGCUGGCACAUUUGCCCCUAAUGCUGAUUUCAAUACACAGGAGAGCUGUCAGGCAACAAAUUUGGCAUUAUUGGUUUUUAAAAGGAACUCAAAUAUUUCCUUGGAAAUGAAAAAGUAACUACUUUACUAGUCACUUGAAAACAUAGUCUGAUUAUGUAACUUGCAAUAGAACAAGAACAAGAACAGAACUCCAAACUUAUCUCAAAUGAAAAAAUGCUUUAUCUAGCCAUGGCAGUGGGGGCAUUGUUUUGUUUUUUAUCUGUUUAAAUCUGUACCACAUUAUCUUGCUCAUGCAGAUCAUAAACCUGAAGUAUUGUUAACUAUUUCAAUUGCUCCAUUAACCCCAUUCUCUACAUGUUCUCUAGCAACAACUUUUGUCAGGACAGUGUAGAGUGGAGGCAUAUAUGUGUUAUACAGCCAACCUGAGUCACUACUCAACACACAGCAGUCAGCACAGCUACAAAAACAAUUCGCAGACCUUCCCAACAAGAAGUGAGCAGAUGAGAACACUUUCCCAACAAAAACGCAUUAUCAGUCUUCUGUAUUCUUUGCCUGCCAGGCCAUAACUUGGACAGGAGCAAUCUUGGCAUUGUUCAGGCCAAUGUGAGCCUCCAACCACUAGAAAGAAAAGUCAACUUCUUGGCUGUUUCAGGGUGGCAUCGUUUGUUUUUUUAACCUGUAGUGCUCCAUACUACAGCAUUUUUUAAAUUGUCUACGUUCUCCAUUAAAGCUUAAGAACUGACAUCCAUCAGGAGAUCAG